UACCCCGACCAACCAGAACCCCUCGACGUAGAGAUCAGCGCCAAACAGCUAAAGGUGUGUUUUCUGAGGUUCACUAUGAACGGAACUAUAGCCGAGUUUUCUCCACGUGUGGAUGAAUUCGAAGCCCUCAUUGGAGAAACCCUCUCUGAGGCUAUUGAAAAAAACAUCAUGCUCUACUACAGCCCCAUGGUAGCUGAAGUCCAACAAGAAGCAUCGGAAACAAUAAUUGUUACUGUAUCAAUCUCGGCAAUCAUGAACGAAUCGGCUACACUGAAACUGGACACAGCGGCCGCAGUGGCAGUCUACAUAUCAUCGCUGAUCUCACGAAACCAGGAUUUCUUCGCCACUUACAGUUUCGACAUCGUAUCAAUCUCAAUCUUUGAGUCUGGAAGCGGAGGGGACACUAUUAUCAUGACUACCAACAACAAUGAAGAAGAAGGGCUCUCGGAUGGGGUGCUGUCGGGAAUGGUCAUUCUGGGGCUCGCUGGCACACUGACGGCAUUGGCAGUGGUGUUUAUGCUGAUCUACAUCCGCUACGCCACCAUCAGGAGGCCUCAGAUGCAGCAAGAGAGGUUGCCUCUCAUUCCUGACAAUGAGGUCAAUCAAAGGUACCAACAGGUCAACUUAAAUCUCAAAGAAGUAUAAUCUUGCCCGCAGAAGACUUUCGUAAAUAUAGCUAGCUUAGUGGUACAAACUCUUUUCAGUUGAUAGAUGUAGAAACAUACACAUUUUAAAUCAGUUACAGUUG